AUGGAGUGGGAGGAUGGUGUGGGGAUGGGGUGGGAGGAUGGUGUGCAGAUGGUGUGGGAGGAUGGUUUGGGGAUGGUGUGGGAGGAUGGUGUGCGGAUGGUGUGCGGAUGGUGUGGGAGGAUGGUUUGGGGAUGGUGUGGGAGGAUGGUGUGGGAGGAUGGUGUGCGGAUGGUGUGGGAGGAUGGUGUGCGGAUGGUGUGGGAGGAUGGUGUGCGGAUGGUGUGGGAGGAUGGUUUGGGGAUGGUGUGGGAGGAUGGUGUGGGAGGAUGGUGUGCGGAUGGUGUGGGAGGAUGGUGUGCGGAUGGUGUGGGAGGAUGGUUUGGGGAUGGAGUGGGAGGAUGGUGUGGGAGGACGGUGUGCGGAUGGUGUGGGAGGAUGGUUUGGGGAUGGUGUGGGAGGAUGGUGUGGGAGGAUGGUGUGCGGAUGGAGUGGGAGGAUGGUGUGCGGAUGGAGGAUGCUGUGCGGAUGGAGUGGGAGGAUGGUGUGCGGAUGGAGUGGGAGGAUGGUGUGCGGAUGGAGUGGGAGGGUGGUGUGCGGAUGGAGUGGGAGGAUGGUGUGCGGAUGGAGUGGGAGGAUGGUGUGCGGAUGGACAUGGAAAGCGGUCUGUGA